UAGAACAAAACGAGCAAGAGAAGUAGGAAACACCCGAAGCUACGUAAAUUCCCUUGCGUUCCCAACUCAUUUCCUCUUCCUCUGGAACUGCGUAUCUCUGAAGCUCGGCAUUUUUCUGUGUCAAUGAAAAUGGUUGGCGAGUCCAACAAGCGCAAAAGAGGCCGCAAGCCCAAGAACCCCUCCUCCACCGAAACCCUAGAUCUCCCUUCUACCACCACCACCACCGCCGCAGACGCCGCCGCAUUGGACGACGUCUUCUCCGUCACCAACGUCGAGCUCAUCGACCCUCCCACCACAUCAUCCAACGCCAACGCUGGAGCCCACCGCCGCGGCCGUCCCAAGAAGCGCCCCAUGCCCGAGAAGCCUCAGCCCCUCCUCUCCCCAUCCGCGCGGAGGGCCACACUUCGCCCUUUCGAGAACGGGGACUUCUUCGACGUCGCGGUGGGUCCCAUGGCAGUGGAGGGCACGCCGGCGAGGGUGGUCCCGGCGAUGGACGCGGUGGUGAAGGUGUUCUGCGUGCACACGGAGCCGAAUUUCUCCCUGCCGUGGCAGCGGAAGAGGCAAUACAGCUCUAGCAGCAGCGGUUUCGUCAUCGGAGGGAGGAGGGUGCUCACCAACGCCCAUUCCGUCGAGCAUUACACCCAGGUCAAGCUCAAGAAGCGCGGGUCCGACACCAAGUACCUCGCCACUGUGCUGGCUAUCGGGACUGAAUGCGAUAUUGCAAUGCUCACUGUCGAUGAUAAUGAAUUUUGGCAAGGAGUGUCACCAGUAGAAUUUGGGGAUUUACCUGCACUUCAAGAUGCUGUGACUGUUGUGGGUUAUCCAAUUGGGGGAGACACAAUUUCUGUUACAAGUGGUGUUGUUUCACGAUUAGAGAUCCUAUCUUAUGUCCAUGGUUCCACUGAACUUCUUGGUUUGCAGAUAGAUGCUGCUAUAAACUCUGGAAAUUCUGGUGGGCCUGCUUUUAAUGAUAAAGGAAAUUGUGUGGGCAUUGCAUUUCAAUCCCUUAAACAUGAAGAUGCAGAGAAUAUAGGUUACGUGAUACCCACACCAGUCAUCAUGCACUUCAUCCAGGAUUAUGAGAAGAAUGGAGCGUAUACAGGAUUUCCAAUUCUUGGAGUUGAGUGGCAGAAGAUGGAGAAUCCUGAUUUGCGGACAGCAAUGGGUAUGAAACCUGAUCAGAAGGGUGUUCGUAUUAGAAGAAUUGAUCCAACUGCCCCAGAAUCUAAGGUUUUAGCACCAUCGGAUAUUAUUCUCAGCUUUGAUGGGGUUGAUAUUGCCAAUGAUGGAACAGUUCCUUUUCGUCAUGGCGAGCGCAUAGGCUUUAGUUACCUUGUCUCCCAGAAGUACACUGGGGAUGAUGCAGCCAUUAAAGUACUUCGCAAUUAUGAGAUUCUUGACUUUGACAUCCAACUUGCAACUCACAAAAGGCUCAUUCCAGCACACAUCAAAGGGAGACCACCCUCAUAUUAUAUUAUUGCUGGAUUUGUUUUUACGACUGUAUCUGUUCCAUACCUUCGUUCUGAGUAUGGAAAGGAUUAUGAAUAUGAAGCUCCAGUGAAGCUUUUGGAUAAACUGUUGCAUUCAAUGCCACAAUCACCAGAUGAGCAGCUUGUUGUUGUUUCUCAGGUGCUUGUUGCUGAUAUCAAUAUUGGCUAUGAGGACAUUGUUAACACCCAGGUGCAUGCUUUCAAUGGUAAGCCUGUGAAGAAUCUGAAGAGCUUGGCCACCAUGGUAGAGAGCUGUGAAGAUGAAUUUUUGAAGUUUGAUUUAGAGUAUCAACAGAUAGUGGUCCUCCGGACAAAGACGGCCAAAGCAGCUACUUUAGAUAUUCUUGCAACACACUGCAUACCAUCAGCCAUAUCGGAUGAUCUAAAGUUGUGAGGUUUGAUCAUAGAUUUCUUAGCCUGCACUGCCUCUGUUUUUCUUUUCUAAAACAUCUGAAGAAGAAUAUGUCACAUUCUGGAGACUGGACUUGCUAGCCAUAUAUUUAUAGUUUGUUAGACAUUGUUUCCCCAUGGGGGACUGUCUCUGGAGAGCAGUGAGGUGCAGGUACUUCAGCGGUGAUUGAUAGUUUUCUGCUCUUUGCAAGUAAAUGAGGAGACCAUACAGGCUGUAGAAUUGAGGGUGGUCUUGAGAUUAUUCUUGCUUUUUUCUUCUAUAAAUUUUGGAGCGAUAUGUGAGGCAUAUAUUUUAUGUAAUAACUCCCGUAGAAUAUCUAGAUGUGAAUGGGAUCUUAAUUGUCAGAAAUUCCUAUCUAGAGGAAAAGAAAUAGUAAAAUACCAAGUUACUAACCUUUUUAUACCA